AUCAGCGCUUUGUUUGUAGAAACUCCAUUCGUGGAGUCCUACUCCGCCUCCUGAACAGAGCAGAGACACACUGGUCUCAGACCUCCAGAAGCUUUGUUUAACAGCACGGGGCAGUUUCUGAGAGUACUGGGAGCCAUGAAGGGUUUGGUCUUGGUGGUUCUGGGUUUGCUGUUGUCUCCUCAGCAGGCACAUAGCAGGAGAGAUGACAGGGCAAACUGCAAGCCACUAACAACCAGCUUUUGUCAAGGUUUGGGAUACACCACAACCCCCAAUCCAACUGGAGUUCUAGGCUACAACCUGCACCAGAUUGGUCAGAUUGUGGAGACCGCUUGUUCGCCAAAGGUCGCCACUCUCAUGUGUCGCGUUGCCGUGCCUGAAUGCAGUUCAGAGGACGACAGCCGGGUGAAACCGUGCCGAGCUCUCUGUGAGAAGGUCAAGACCGACUGCGAGUCGGCCCUCAGAGCGAAGAGGCUGUUCUGGCCAAUGAGGCUCCGAUGUGAAUCUUUACCAGAGUCUAACUGUGUACAGGGUCAAGACAACCCCGUUGCUCCAACAUCCCCUGCAGCAUGUGAGGCUAUCACCGUCCCUCAGUGCAAAGGCCUGUCCUACACUGAGACGGUCCUGCCCAACGUGGUAGGCCACAAACUUCAGUCCGAUGCAGAGCUGACACUGAGUACUUUUUCACCACUGUUACAGCACAGGUGCUCCCCUCACUUGAAGUCCUUCUUGUGCUCCGUCUACAUUCCUGAGUGCGUGUCGGGAAAAGCUCGACCCCCCUGCAGGACGCUCUGCGAGCAUGUAAGGUCGAGCUGUGUGUCAGUGUUGACCAGCUUUGGCUUCCAGUGGCCAGAAUCCCUCAGGUGUGAAGCGUUUACCACCGAGUCCUGUGAACCGGGUCAAGACUUCAGUUUACCACCCGCUGCAGCAUGUGAGCCCAUCACCGUCCCUCUCUGCAAAGACCUGCCGUACACUGAGACUGUCCUGCCCAACAUCCUGGGCCACACAUCUCAGGACGACGCAGGCCUGGAAAUAUAUCAGUUUGCGUCACUCGUCAAAGUGGAGUGCUCCACUCAUCUGAAGCCCUUCUUGUGCUCCGUCUACACUCCUGAGUGCGUGUCGGGAAAACCUCGACCCCCCUGCAGGACGCUCUGCGAGCACGCAAAGUCCGGCUGUGAAUCGCUGAUGAACAAGUUCAGCUUCCGGUGGCCAGAAUCCCUCAGGUGUGAGGCGUUUACCACCGAGUCCUGUGAACACGUUCAAGACGUCGGUUUAACUCCAACACCCGCUGCAGCAUGUGAGCCCAUCACCGUCCCUCUCUGCAAAGACCUGCCUUACACUGAGACUGUCCUGCCCAACAUUCUGGGCCACACAUCUCAGGACGGCGCGGGCCUGGAGGUGCAUCAGUUUGCGCCACUCGUCAAAGUGGAGUGCUCCACUCAUCUGAAGCCCUUCUUGUGCUCCGUCUACACUCCUGAGUGCGUGUCGGGAAAACCUCGACCCCCCUGCAGGACGCUCUGCGAGCACGCAAAGUCCGGCUGUGAAUCGCUGAUGAACAGGUUCGGCUUCCAGUGGCCAGAAUCCCUCAGGUGUGAGGCGUUUACCACCGAGUCCUGUGAACACUAUGGCGUGGGCAGCAGUGGCGGCAUCUGUGAGCCAAUCACCAUCCCGAUGUGCCAGGGCCUGUCCUACAACCAGACCAUCACUCCCAACCUCCUGGGCCACUCGAGUCAGCGAGAGGCGGUCAUGAAGAUGUCCUUCUUCAACUCGAUCGUGCAAACCGUGUGUUCGGUAGACAUCCGCCUCUUCGUGUGCAUGGUGUACGCCCCCCGGUGUGUGGCAGGGGAAGUGCAGCAGCCCUGCAGGUCGUUCUGCGAGAGAGCCAAAAAGGGCUGCGAGGGUUGGAUGAGCAGCUUUGGUGUUUCCUGGCCAACUGAGCUGCACUGUGACCGAUUCCCAGAAGAAAAGUGUGUGUCAGAAGACAGCAGGCCUGAGAUGCUGAAUGCUGAAGGUGUUCUGGCGAAGCUGAUCGCCGGCGGCUAUUCUGUUCGUGGCAAAUCCCUGAGUCUCAGGACAGCCCGUCUGCUGUUGGUUCUCAUGGAUGCAGACAAGUCUGGAGACCUGGACGUGGUGGAGGUCUUCAAACUGGAGCACUACGUGGCCGUCGCCAGGAGGGAGUACGUGGAGAGCUACGAGAGGAGGAGUCCAUCCUCCACCACUCAAACCCAAAUGAAAAAGACUCUGUCUGUGCGAGAACUGGAUUUAGACAAUGAAACCUUCAGAACCGUGUGGAGCGAGUAUCACUCCAACGGUGGGAUCGACUACGAUCAGUUUGUGGCGCUGCUGACAAAACUUCAGAUCCUCAGAGAUCGGUUCCAGGCCCACCUGCUGAGUUUGCCGUGUGACUGCCAAGUCGCCAGCUUCUCUUUCAAACAGUUCAUGAAAUCAGCCAUAAUCUGAGGAGCAAACGGCAGCUCAGUGGACCGGAGGAAGGCGUUGAAGGAACACUGAAUUUUCAGCUUUUCUGAUGCAAAAUGUUUCUCAUGUGUCUGUUUGCGUCACAUUUGAUUUUCAUUCUGUAAAGUUGUUAAUUACAUUAAAAAUGCACGGCUGCAGUAAUCAUUCUGCUUCUUUCAACACAUUUCUCU